AUGUCGCGCCACAUCCUCAUCGUGGGUGCGGGCAUCGCCGGCCUCGCCAGUGCCAUCGCCCUCUCCAAAGAUCUAGAAUCCGCCGGUUCGGACGUCCAGAUCGCCGUGUAUGAAGGCGCUUCCGAAGAGACCACAUCCGGGGGAGCCAUCAGUCUGACGCCCGCGGCGCAACAAGGUCUCGACGCCUUGGGGGUGCUUGCUGCCCUCAACGCGAUGGGAUCCCACGCCGGGAUUGAAGUAGACGCCAUCGACCUCGUCGCCCUUCGGUCGGGCCAGUCCCUCGGUCCUCUGCGCUUCACCGAUGAAAAGGGCCAGGGCUACGGCGGAUACAAAGGCCGACGGGUGUUGCGCCGUGCCCUGUCACAGGCUAUGCUGACCGUCGCACGCACCCGGCCCAACAUCGCCGUCCACUACAACAAGAAGCUCGUCAGCGGCACCACCACCGCCAGCGGCCCCGUCACCCUUCACUUUGAAGACGGCGCCAUCGCGACUGGCGAUCUGGUUCUCGGCUGCGACGGCGUGCAUUCGGCCACCCGCACGCGCAUCGUCGACCCUGGCAAUACCUCCCGCUACACCGGCAUCUCCUUCAUCCAGAGCGUGAUCGACGCCCGCCAGCUCAAGGCCGACCUGCCCUUUGCCCAGACCGCCGUGCACCUCGCCCGCAACAGCACCUUCCUCACCAGCUUCUGCGACCACGACCAUGAGUCCAUUUUUGUGGCCGCCAUCACCCGCGUCAAUGAGCACCUCGUCGAGCGUCACCAGGCGGCGGGCGCCGCCGCAUCCGCGGACUCCAUGUCCAUGUCGAUUCGAUAUCUGGUGCGCACGCACUUUGGCCAGACGCCUCUCACCUACGUGCAUGAAAUCAUCGACAAGAUCGAAGACUGGGGGCUGUAUCCGGUCUAUCAGGUGCGCCAGUCGGGGGCCUGGCAUACCGAUCGGAUUCUCCUGCUCGGGGACGCAGCGCACGCGAUGCCUCCGCGCGACGAGUCCGCCGCGUACGCCAUCGAAGACGCGCUGCUCUUCUCGCAGCUGCUCGCCCACCACGUAUCCAAUGAGCCCCUCACCGCCGUCUUCGACGAAUACGAGCGUCUCCGCCGGCCAACCAUCGACCAGGCCUUUGACGCGUCCAGCCGGCUCUGGCGGAGCGACUUUGACCUCGGUCUGUACCCGGGCCAGAUCCGCGACCUUCUGGCGCCGGUGGCUCCGCCGUCCGCUGUGCCGCUGGGAGGGAAUGCCGCGGGUUCGGUGUCGCCCAAGCGGGCUGGUCUGCCGGCGCCGACGCACCAGAGUUUCUCGGAUCUGUCGGUGUACUCGCUGACGCGGGAGCUGGAUCCGGGGAUGCUGGAUAAGGAACGUCAGUAG